AUGGAAGUUCAGGGACGGGCGAGCAUAUCACGUACUAAAGGAACAUGGUCACCAAAUCCACGCGUUAGGUAAGUAUUUUUGGUUCUAUUGGCACUUUUUUGUUGGAUUUUAGGCGUGUUUUCAAGAUUUUCACCAAGAUUUUCAAAAACAAGGUAUGGCGUUGAUGGUCAAACAACUUUUGAUGUAUCAAACGUGUUAUCAUACAAUAAUAUACAGAAAUUAUUCUUUAUGGUUAGUAAAGACGAUGUUUAAAGUUUUUCAGAGUUUUAUUUAUUAAAAUUAGGAGGUUUUGAAGAGUUUUACGUAAUCUGAAGUCUUGUUUAACAUCCAUUGAAUUUUUAUCGUAUUCUUUAGAUAUUGACUAGUUUAUGCGUUAAUAGCAAGUGGUGCAGGCGUAUCUGGUUUUUAAUAACGUAAAACCAAUCAGUAAUUGUAGUUUGAUAAGGUAUAUUGACGAUGUUACACAUGACAUCGAUCUUUUUUGAAAGAUUGUGCGCAUUUUUCUAUUUUCUUUAUGUUUUAGCUGUUGAUGUGCUUUGUUUUAAAAUUAAUUUAUGUUAUAGUUUUUAACUUUCUAUGCUUUAGAUUUGAAGAUGAUAAACCGGACAAUGCCUUCGAUUAUCUCAGACAUAGAGCUCGAUCAUUUCGUCAUUACUUAUCCGACACAUUUUGUAUGUGUUGCGAUGCCAUUCCCUCAAUUGGACUGAUGCUUCUGGCUUUGCUGUUGCUGAUUCUUCUUAUUGGAUCCAUUCCUUUGGCAGUUUUCCUAACAUAUAUGGCUCCAGAUGCACAAACACAAAAUGGGCGGACUCAAGUUGUGCCAAUGAUCCGGGAUUCAAAUGUUUCUUGGCCAGACUUUGAAAUCAGUGAAGAAACUGCCAUGGACAUUAUAAGAUCAUCUAGCUUGGUGCCAAAAAACAUUUCGAGCUGCAAAGGAUUUGGUUUUGCUUGUACGAGCCACCCGGUAGGUACUAUUUUAGCUUUUUUCUUAAGUUUUGUUUAUUUUUUUGGUAUCAACUUUAUGUUUUAAUGAAGUCUUUAUAUUAUUUUAGAUUAAAAAGACGUUCUGGUAAAUUUGAGAGCUUUUGUGUUAUUUUUAAGCAAAUUGUACUGUUUUUGGUUAGUUUGGGAGCACUUUUUGUUGGCAGCUUACUUUUUUUAGUAAAUUUUUAUUAAUUUUUGUGUGUUUUUAGGUAACAUCUUAGGAUUUCAAAGUAUUUCAUUACUUUGAAGUUUUUUCUUUAAUUUUUUAUGAUAUUCUUCUAAUUUUCAGGACAUGAUCAUUGGUACCAAUCAACGUUGUGAUGGCCACACUGACUGCCCGGAUGGAUCAGAUGAAUACGAUUGCAAAGGUAAGUUAUUUUUAGUUUGAUGUGACUUAAAUUAAGAUUUUUUAGUUUUAAAAUGGAAGGUGAAGCUUGUUUUCUGUCAUCUUAAGCUUUUUAGAAUGCCAAACUAUCUUCACAUGUCCUGCUUAUGGUUUCCAGUCUCAGCGGAAGAUUUGUCUCCGUGGUGAUGCACUGUGCGAUGGACAAACGCACUGUCCUGGCAAGGAGGACGAACUUUUGUAUUGUGGUAAGAUUUUUUGGUAUUUUUUCGAUUCAGUUUAAUGAUUUUGCAGUUUUUUACUCUAUGGUUUUCAAUAUUACCUACUUUUUUUAUUUUUAAUUAGAAAAUGUGUUCAGGUCGAGAAUGUGAAGAGAACGAGAGACAGUGCAACAGUAAGGACCGCUGUAUCCCAGUCGAAGCUGUAUGCGACGGCGACGCUCAUUGUCCAGAUGGAGACGACGAGAUGAAUUGCCAUGAAUGCAAGAAUGGAGCCAAGUUUUGUGCACCACUGUCGAUUUGUAUACCUAAAUGGAAGGUAUGCAAUGGAGUCUCCGAGUGCCCGGAUGGCAGUGACGAAAGAGUAAGUGCUUUUGAGUUUAAAAAGAUCAUUUUACGAAAAGUUUUGCUUUUAAAGCUUUUAUUUGGGUAUUAUGAAUGUUUGUUAUAGGACUGUGACUGCCGAAGUUGCUCUGGCUCCGACAAGGCCUUGUGCAAUGGAGACUCAAAGAUGUGCAUAAAGAAAUCUGAGGUUUGCGAUAACGUCCAACAUUGUCCAGGUGGCGAAGAUGAGUUCAACUGUCCCGGAUCAUGUUCAGCAAUUCGAACUUUUAGUGAUUUUGCGACUCGUCGACGACGGAGCAUGGCAUUGGCUAGUAAAGGUAAAAUAAUAUUGCAAUUAUUUUUUUUGAAAUCGCAAAGUUUUUUAAACAGUUUUAAAACUUUUUAACUUUUUUAUUUGUUACCUAAUUUCAUAUUACGUUAUCAAAAAUCAUACAAAAUUAACUAAAAAUUUUAUUUACCAUCUCCUUCAGCUAGAAUUACCCGAGACAGUGAUGGAAACACGGUCGAGUUCUCAGGCUCUGGAAAAUCUUCCGGCGAAGAGCCUAUUGAAGAUCCACCAAGUGACAAUCUACCGAAGUUCAGAACUAUGGACGAACUUGAAUUACGUCAAGAGGAAAUUGUCUCAAGCGACUUUGAUGAGCUUGCCUUGGACACUAUUGUAUGCCGUGAUGGAAAAACGUACGAUUGGAAAUACGCUUGCUCUGGCCAUUACCCGCAAUGUGAUGGAAAAUGCAAACAGUGCAACGAAGAACUGGCAUUUCAAUGCAAAAGUGGAGAUCGGUGCAUUCACCGGGGAUAUGUGAGUUUUUUUUAUAAAUAUCGAAGAAAUUUUUAUGGUUUACAAAGCGGCAUAGAGUUUUUAUUACAAAUUAGAAUAGAAUGAACAUGUUAACAGGUAAAACAUGACAAUAAUUUUCUUUAAAGUACAAAAAAAUUAUACAAUUUUUUAUAAUUUGGGACUAAAGACGUAUUAACAGGUAUGUGACGGCACAAAACAAUGCGAAGACGGGUCGGAUGAACAGGAUUGCAAACAGGACUGCACGACGGACAUGGAAAAGUGCACGAUGCUUUCAUUAAGCGGCAACCGCAAAUGCUACGAAACAUCACAACGUUGCGAUGGAUUCAAGGACUGCCCGGAUGGUGGAGACGAAAAGAAUUGUGACUCUUGUUCAGGCCGCUCCAUCCUCUGCAAAGCCGACAAAAAGUGUAUUCCAUCGAUUGCACGAUGCGAUGGAAUCCAACAAUGCUCCGAUGGACAGGAUGAACAAGAAUGCACCUGUGCUGAGUGCAGUAUCCACCCCUACUCAAUGUACAUGUGUGAACGGUCCCAACGAUGCUUCAGAACCCACCAAGUUUGUGCACCAUACACUCAGUGCCCCGAACCUACAAAGAUGGAUAAGCUCUACUGUGCUACGAGGAAUCAACCAUACUUUUAA